UCAAGUCUUUUUUUAGUCUUUCUGACCACUACACAAGGAAACUUUCUGGACCCCAGCAGGUAGUUCAGUGGGGCAAAUGCAAAACCAAGCCAGAAUGAGUCCAAAAUCACUCUGCUGACUUAUGACGCCACUACCAUCUUUCUCCUCCCCAACACCCAUUCUGGCUUCCCCUUUUUUUAUUUAUCUCUUUUUUUCCCCUUCCAUUUCCCGUCUUAGAGUCCAGCUGAGUAGUUUCCCCUUUUCUCAAACUAGUUUUGCUCCUGGAAUGAUCUUUGCUCUGGCCAGAAUAUAAAGGGAGGCUGCACCCAAGACAUGUUUUCUCAGAGCCAGGACACAGGAGGGGAAACAAGGAGGUUUUUGUGACUGCACAGGCUCAGGUUGGUCCAUGUAAUACAGAAUGGUUUAUGUUAACAGGGAAAAAAUAUAUUUUACAGCUCUGAGGCAAUAAUGGGUUUAGCAACAGGGAAGUGCAUCUCUUGUAAUCUGCUGUUUGUGACCAUAAAUUGCUGAAGCUGCAGAGGUGGGAUCUGUGAGCUGGCAUGUGGGAGGCAGGUGACCUCAGGGCUUCCUGGUGCUGAUCUUCACCUCUGUGUGUACAGUGGAAAUCAUGGACAGCUCUGUGUAUGUAUAAGGCACAACAUGCAGAACACCUUUUGUAUGAUGACAGGUGAACUCAGUAAAAGCUGUUACCACUGGGGGUUUUCACAGAGCCUUUUUUGGGUGUCAGACUUGGUGUCUGACAGAAUUCAGAGAUCUCAAAUGCUGGGGAAUGAAGAAGGAGGUGUGAACUGUUUGUAAAGCAGAGGCAACAGCUUAUUAGGAGAGUUUUAAAGGUGUUUUCACUUUUUGCCAUCAUCUUAUCCUGUAUUGUGUCCCACUCUUCUUGUGUUGUUUAUGGGGAUUAAAGAUUCAAUUCUAAGCAUAGCUGAGCACCUGGAGAAUGCAGGGUGACGUUUUUUAGUGAGACUUGACAGCACUUUCUUUGAAUAGCUGUUGGGAAUCUGGAGUUGGCUGGAUUUUCUUUUGUUCACAGGGCUCUCAAUGACUUGCCUGUCCCCACUAAGUCUGUUGCUAAAUAGUUUUACUUUCCUGUUGCAGUGAGUUCUGGGAGCUGUUCAGCUGCUUGGAAGGAGGUUCAUCGAGCUUUGGUGACUUCUGUUUUCUCAGAAUUUCUCCCCAGCUGUGGCAGCAGCACUGGCACCACCCUCAGCUGCUGCUGUCCCCACUUCUGGGACUUCCCUUUGUGUGAGGUGUGACUGUUCCACAGGCAGGACAACGCUGCUCACUGACAGUUCUCACCGCUGGCAUGUUGGAGGAAGAUAACGAUGAGAUCUGCUGGAAUAACCUGGAGAACUUCCGAGUGAAGCUGAUCUCCGUGAUCGACCCUUCCCGGAUAACCCCCUACCUCCGGCAGUGCAAAGUGCUCAGCCCUGACGAUGAGGAGCAGGUCCUCAACGACCCCAGCCUGGUCAUGCGCAAACGGAAGGCAGGUGUUCUUCUGGACAUUCUUCAGCGAACAGGACACAAGGGCUUUGAGGCCUUUAUGGAGAGUCUUGAGCUUUAUUAUCCACAGCUGUAUAAGAAAAUAACUGGCAAGGAGCCCAGCAGGGUUUUCUCUAUGAUUAUAGACACCGCUGGGGAAUCGGGCCUGAGCCAGGUGCUGAUGAACGAGAUCAUGAAGCUGCAGAGCGCGGUGCAGGAGGAGCGGCGCAGGGCCCAGGAGCUCACGGUGUGGCUGCACAGCAAGGAGGACACCAUCAGGGAGAUGUGGGUGAGGGACAGCCUGCUCCGAAAGCACCAGGAACGAGCCCAGAGGAUGAAGGAGGAGAGGGACAGCCUGAGCAGGGAGCUGAAGAAGUGCAAGGAUGAGAACUACAACCUGGCCAUGAGCUACGCCAAGCAGAGCGAGGAGAAGAGUGCGGCCCUCAUGAAGAACAGGGACCUGAUCCUAGAGAUUGACCACUUGAAGCACAGCCUCAUGAAGGCUGAGGAUGACUGCAAGCUGGAGAGAAAGCACACCAUGAAGCUCAAACACGCCAUAGAGCAGCGCCCCAGCCACGAGGUGGUGUGGGAGAUCCAGCAGGAGAAGGAGCUGCUCUUGGCCAAGAACCAGGAGCUGGAGAACACUCUCCAGGUUGCUAGGGAACAGAAUUUGGAGAAGAGCCUCUCCAAGGAGACUCUGGAGAGUGACUGCAGGCAGAUACUGGAGGAACGGCGGGAGCUGGUGGGCACCAUUUACAGCCUGCGCAAGGAGCUGCGCCGAGCCAGGGCACUCCAGGACAAACAGUAUGCAGAGGAAAAAGAGAUGCUCGAGCUGCAGUGCACAUCCCUGAGGAAGGACUCCCAGAUGUAUAAGAAACGGAUUGAAGCUGUUCUGCAGCAGAUGGAGGAAGUGGCUGCAGAAAGAGACCAGGCUCUCCUGACCCGGGAGCAGUUCCACAUGCAGUACUCCAAGAACCUGGUGGAGAGGGACGCUCACCGCAAGCAGAUCCGGGAGCUGGGGGAGAGAUGUGACGAGAUGCAGCUGCAGCUCUUCCAGAAGGAGAGCCAGCUCCUGGCCACUGAGGCCAAGCUGAAAAGGUUGCAACUGGAGCUGCCCACCCCGACCUCUGACCUGGAUGAUACCUCCUCCAGAGAUUCCCAGGAACUCACCCUUCACAGUCACCUGGAUGAAGAUGCACAGCCCACUAAAAAAGAUUGCCCUGAAGGACCAAACCAGCAGCUCAGCCCUGGAGAAGACAAUCUGCCCCCAAAGUCACUCAGUGAGUGUGGCUUGGCCAAUGAGGAACUGGCAGAAAAGGAGAGGAAGAGGAUGAAGGACUGCUUUGAGCGCUACCGAAGGUCUGGGCUGCAAAAAAGAGCCAUGAGGAGGGUGCCAAAGGACCGGCACCACGAGGCCGACUGGGAGAACACCACAGGCAGCGACAACACCGACACCGAGGGCUCCUGAGGGAGAGACAGCGGGGACACCAUGAGCUCCUGAGAGAGGAAAACAGGGACACUGAUGGCUCCUGAGGGAGGGACAAUGGGGACACUGAGGGCUCUGGAACGAGGGACAACAGGGACACCGAGGUCUCCUGAGAGAUGAAAACGGGGACACCAUCAGCUCCUGAGAGAGGGACAACAGGGACAGUGAGAGCUCUGGAAUGAGGGACAAUGGGGACACCAUCAGCUCCUGAAGGAGGGACAACACUGCCAUUGAGGUCUCCUGAGUGCAGGAACCAACCUGUGAGGAAAACCCAGCCUGUGCUGGGGUGGCUGUGCCUCUGACUUUCACUCUCCAUGGACUAUUUAGAUUUUAAGACCGUCCAACCCAACAUUCACGAAAAGUUAACGCGCGAAAGGCUAAUGCGUGCCAAAGGUUGGACUCCGUGAUCUCAGAGGUCUUUUCCAACCUCGUUGAUUCUGUGUUUGCCUCUGACACCCCCUCGUCCAUCUCUCUUAUAGGUUAAUAAACACGCUUAAAUAUCUGCUUGUGCGACAGUGCCCGGGGCUGAGCUGCCGGUUAAUUA